AUGGAAUUGUUUCGUAAGUAUGUUGGAACGUUAAAGAAGUCCAGUUAUGAAGAAGAGACACAACGCGAACGGCGUCGAGUGCGCCGUCAAGAGCGCUUCCUCAGUAUCCAAUCUGAUCGGGAAAAUCGUAAUCGGCAAAUUCUUUUUAGGGAUAUUCACACCAUUUCAAAGUUCAACACAAUCGCGGAGUUGGACCUCAUAGAUUCUGUUGACCAAGCUCUUGGAUGGUGGCAUUCGAUGUGCGAUCAUACUAUCGAGCGCCAACUACAGUGUGAGUUGGCGUUGCAGAAGAUGAAAGUUCAUGAGGUGGAAUACUUAAAAGGUGCUCUUGAUCGUGAGAACAAACAUUCGGUAGUGAUCUUUGAGGCCGAUGCAAAUCGUUGGGAAGAAGCUAGGAAACUACAUCUAGAUGCUGAAAUACGGGCUCAGAAAGAGUCCAUACAAGACACCAUAAAUGCUGUGAUGCAGCUGACCGAGCAGUGUAUAUCCUCUUUCAGCGCAAACGGACUGGAAAAUGACGAAGGGGUUUCGUCCCUCUACGUAGACACCAACAUUAUUGCUCAACUUUUUUUAGACAAUGAAAUCCGUCCACAAGAGUGUGAGGAUGAUGUGGGGGUUUCACUUCCUUGUUCUAUGGUAAGCUUCUCUGCGGCUAAAGCCUUCAAGGCGAUUUUUCAGCAUGAAAACCCGUUUAGUAUCUCUUGCCCCGAAUUUUUGCAGCUUCUGCACUUCGUAUUCAAAGAAGAUUGUAAAGAAAACUACGACUCGCGCACUUUUUUUGAUUUCAGCGAACUCCCCACUAUUGCUCUGAAUGGACCGAAGCUGAGUGGGAAAUCACUUCUAUCAAACUACAUUGCAUCCCACUGCGGGUUUUACUGCGUCACGGACAAAGAUUUGGUGCAAAAGGCGCUGGACACAUUUGAGAAAAAGAGCGCCGCCAUCCCGGAUUGCUCCCCUAAGGCGAAGAAACCCCCGCAAACCGAGGAGGAGUGGUCGAGCAUCGGCGCCACCCUGAAGGAGUUGCUCCUGAAGGGUCACUCAGUGCCCUUCACUGCCAUUGUUCAAAUGGUCCGCCUCCAGCUCCAGGACUUGAAUUCCCAAAACCCAUAUGAUGACGACCCUAAAGAGGUCGCCGGGCUCUUGCUUGAUGGCAUCAUUAGCUCCCCGGAUGUAUAUGAAGAGCUGCAUAAUGCCUUUCUACCCUCCAAAGAUCUUUUAUACGAGCCUUUGAUCCGGUGCUGGUGUGAAUCGUUAUCAGCGCCUGACGAAACCCAGGAGGCAGAGGCAAAAAAUCAGAUUCAAAAUAUGCUUCGAAUACCAAAGCUCCUAGACGAGCCUCCUAUUCAAAAGGAAAGCAAAGAAAAGGUUUUCAGGCGCUCUGCCGGUGCCUCCACGCUGCCAUUACCGACAUUGCCAAUGGUCGAUGAUAUUUCAGAGGAAGUACAGCACGAAAUGACAUUCAUUAAAAAAGCAACGGCUGAGCUUUCAGACUAUACGUCUAUGCUCACGGCUAUCAUUCAAAUUGAGUGCGAUCCUGAGGAGUUGUUUCGGCGCUUCGCAGGACUCCGAAUCGAUCAAGAAAAUGGUGCGGAGUAUCAUAUGGUGUACUGCCCGCCACCACCAAACCGCGCGCCAUUUCUGAUACCUUUGGAGCGUACGCAGGCAAACACCGUGCAUCUCGCCGACAUCAUCCUUCACCAGCAAGAGAAGUGGAUGAAGAUGCGACGUUGGCUUUCGAUGCAAUCCCAGCCUAAUCUGAUGUCGAAAGUAUACGAACUCAACGGCGAACAACCAAUCGAAGCCAUUCAGGGUGUCAUGGACGGUAUUUUAUCUAGAAUUAACGAAAACUUCAUCGCGGCUCGGAACCUUUUCCGAUCCAUGAAGGCCUCGCGGGAUCGCGUAGCGGCGCUAAAGGAUACCCACGCCCAGCAAACCGCCGAGCGGGAGGCCAAACGGCAGCAUCUCAUCGGACUCUACAGUGAAAAAGGGGCCCCGUUGCCAACCGAGCUGCAGGCCGUCUCUUUGCCCAAUGAGUGCGAGACUUCCGACCCGCUCAGGCUCCCACGUGGGGUGUGCAGGGUCGUUCUGAAGGCCACCCAUUCCUUUACGCUGCGCUACAUAGGGACCUACGACACGGCCUGGGGGUGUUUGCGGUCCCUCGCAAUGCAAGUCACGCAGUAUCGUGCGAUCGCCUUGGGGGAAAUGCAGCGGUUCAUGCGCUUUCCAGACGAUAAGCAACGAAUUCUGGAUAACUUUAUCAAGCAUUUUAAUGGUGUGCGAGCCUUGAUGCGGAGCGAAAUAAGCUUUAAGGAAGAGGCCCAUGCCAUGGUCGAGGAGCUCGCGGAUAAUCUCUUCAGGUAUGUAUCUACGACGAAGAAGAAAUGGCAACAACUAAUAUGUGCCAUUAUUCGGCGAGAUUCAUUUAUGGAGAGCUGGGAAAGCAGCCUACGCAACGUCGGCAUGACCCUUGCACAGGCGGAGGCAGAGCGCUUCGUAAUGGUGGUUCGUCUUUUCGCCUUCUUCUUCAACUCUCAAAUCGGAGAUGAGCUGAUUACGAUCGAGGAACUUGACUGGGAAACCGCCUUCGCGUCGAUCAAUACGGCCGAAAAUUUAGAGUGCUCUGUUCGGAUCGAAAAGAAGCGGAUGCCGAAUGUAAAGAAGCAGCACCCCACCAGCACGAGUACUCAUGCAUACGGCAAGUGCACGGACGAUGGGUCGACGCGAUCAGCUCGCGAUGCCUUCGAUGAGCUACUUCAACGGAUCGUGGCGGUCCUUACGAGCUUUGUGGAUCGUUUUCGGACGACCAGCGAUACUAGCCUAAAAGUCCAAAAGAAGACGACGACAGCAGGUACGGUGCGAGAGGAAACUAUCAUUUCGCAUUUCACUCCUUUUGUCGAGGCAGAAAUUUCGCGCACGCUGGAACGGCUUUAUUGCAUCCGUGAUUUUGUCGGGAAUAUGGCAAGCCAAGCCGAACAGUAUCGCGCAAAGAUGAGGGAUAAGAUGCUCGAGGAUAUGACGGAGGCAGUGCACGCCGAGGCCUCCGCCGUGAACUCCGCGCUGUAUAUUCUGCGUUGCUGCAUCGAGGAAGAGAACAAGGCUCCUCGGAUGCACCUAGGCUGCGGUACCUUUGCCGUUCUUGACCCCUCCGGCCAAUCGAUCGUAGAUCCCUCGCAGACCAAUCAGCCCAAGGCAAGCCACAAGUCCCCGAGCUUUAUUACGGAUGUUCCCCUUUACCAGGGGACACUGGAAAACACGCUGGAUGUGCACCCGGGGCUUAGCUUUGGACGGCUUGGAUACCUCAUCAUGAGCUUUGCCACGGUCGCCCCUCAGUAUCAACUUUCGAAGAGCGAUUUUAUGCGCUUUGUAAGAGAGGAAGACUACAGCUCGAUAUCAUCCAACACGACUAGCCCUUCCUCAUCAGGCACCUCGAGAAGGCGCCUGAAGUCGACUUUGAUGCUCUUUCAUGCGUUUGACGUUAAUCAGGCGGGAGUGAUUGACUGGCGUGAGUUUAUCAUGCAUUUGCUCUUUUGGUGCAAACCCCCUACUGCGAAGAAUGUGGCCGGUGUUUUUGUCAUUCCAGAUGCCACUAUUGAGCAGCUGAGAAAUAGUAAGCAGGUUCUUGGGGAUGUACCAUUGGAUGAAAAGGAUUUUAGUGAAAAGACUCUUUACUUUGCACAGUAUUUGCCCCAAAAUCGUCUUGAGGCCUACAUGGAGGCGUUAUGGCUAACUUUUAAGAAUAAACAGACGCAAACGCUCGAUCCGCUAACCCUUUUGUUAUUUCUGUGUGCUGAUGUUCAGCUGAUACGCGGUGCCCAGAAGGCGAUAUGCGUUUCCGCGCAGAUGCCUGGGGAAACACACAACUUAGCCGUUACCCAAUCGGAGUUGGAGCGAAUCUUCCAUGUCCUCUCCACGAACCCACGAGAGCUUGGUCUUCACGAUCCUUUUUCUGCUCGCAAUAUCGAACUUUUAUUUGCCUCUCAGGCAGGUGCUCCAGAAGCUAUCUCAUUCCGCCAGAUGUGCGAGUGUCUGAUGGGGCGCAUGAUGCUGAAUGGCUCUAGUGCCUUUCAUUGUAAAAGCUUUAUCGCCUAG